UAAUAAUCCUCUGAUAGUUUACUAUUAACAAAAUUACCCCCUUCAUCCGUCUUUUUAACAUUAGAAUUUAGAACCCCGCUAAACCUCUCUUUCUCCAUUCAGUCUCUCUCCCCGCAGAAACCCUAGUUUCUUCGACUAAUUUACAGAAUGAUCUGCGCAAUAUCUGGUGAAGUUCCGGAAGAACCUGUUGUUUCAAAAAAAACUGGUCAUCUUUUUGAGAAACGAUUGGUUGAGCGUCAUGUAGAGGAUUUUGGGAAAUGCCCAGUGACUGGGGAGCCACUUACAAUGGAUGAUCUUAUGCCUGUGAAAACAAAUAAGGCAGUUAAACCGAGACCAUUACAGGCUGCAAGCAUCCCUGGAUUACUUGGAAUGUUCCAAAUUGAGUGGGAUCAGUUGAUGCUGUCACAUUUUGCGUUGGAACAACAGUUGCAUACAGCAAGGCAAGAGCUAAGUCACGCUCUCUACCAGCAUGAUGCUGCUUGCCGUGUUAUAGCAAGGCUGAAAAAGGAAAGGGAUGAAGCAAGGACUUUGCUGACUCUGGCAGAAAGACAUGUUCCAUUGCCAGCAUCAACAACUGCAAAUGAUUCCACAUUUAACAACGGGAAAAGAGCUGCCGAUGAUGUGAAUAUGGACCAUGAUGGGAAGAGAUCACUCCCUGGGAUUUCAGCUGAUAUUAUUGCCGAUCUUACCGACUGUAAUACUUUACUGUCACAGCAGCGGAAAAAACGCCAGAUUCCUUCCACAUUGGCUCCUGUCGAUGCCCUUGAGAGGUACACCCAGCUUUCUAGCCAUCCCCUUCACAAAACUAAUAGACCUGGCAUUUUGUCCGUUGACAUACAUCCAUCCAAGGAUAUCAUUGCAACCGGAGGGGUUGACACAAAUGCUAUUGUUUUCGACCGCACAUCAGGGCAGAUUUUGUCUACACUCAGUGGCCAUUCGAAGAAGGUUACCAGUGUCAAAUUUGUACCCAAGGACGAUUUCUUUGUUACUGCUUCGGCAGAUAAGACUGUUCGUGUGUGGCAAGGAUCUGAAGAUGGAAAUUAUAACUGUCGACACGUCUUAAAAGAUCAUACUGCCGAGGUGCAAGCUGUGACUGUUCAUGCCACCAAUAACUACGUCGUCUCUGCUUCACUUGAUAGUACAUGGUGCUUUUAUGACCUUACUUCUGGAUCAUGCCUCACUCAGGUCGGAGAUACUUCAGAUGGAGAUGGCUAUACAUCAGCUGCGUUUCAUCCUGAUGGUCUUAUCCUAGGAACUGGAACGUCACAGGCUAAUGUUAGAAUUUGGGAUGUGAAAAGUCAGUCGAAUGUUGCGAAAUUUGAAGGGCAUAGUGGACCAGUUUCUGCCAUAUCUUUCUCUGAAAAUGGCUACUUCCUGGCGACUGCUGCUGAUGAUGGGGUUAAAUUGUGGGAUCUUCGAAAGUUGAGGAAUUUCAGGACCUUUGCGCCCUAUGAUUCAAAUACGUCAACUAAUUCUGUGGAUUUCGAUCACAGUGGAAGUUAUCUUGCCAUUGCUGGCUCUGAUAUAAGAGUGUACCAAGUUGCAAAUGUGAAGUCAGAAUGGAACUGUGUCAAAACUUUUCCUGAUUUAUCCGGCACAGGGAAAGCAACAUCUGUGAAGUUUGGUCCAAAUGCUCAGUAUUUGACAGUUGGGUCAAUGGACCGAAACCUCCGCAUAUUUGGGCUGCCAGGAGAUUCUGCAGAAGAGUAGGCAUUGUUGUUGAGGCACUCCUUUGAAGGUGUUUGAUAGCUUAUGUAGUACUUCUGACACUCCCAGAGAAGCAGAGGUACUUUUGUGAAGUAAAAAAGAGCAGAGGACUUGUAAGCUUAAAAGUCAAAAAGCAUGUAUGGAAAUGUUGGUUAGAAGAUGAACUUCUCAUGAUAUUUUAGGUUCUUUCUAAUCAACUGUCUUGUUCAAGGAUCAGUUAUUCUUCAUUGCGUAGUGUUGAAAUUACACCAAUCAAAUUCCUUAUUCGUUCACUGAA